AUGACAGCUAAGCCUGCACUGACGCUGGUCUACGGGCGCUGCAGCCUCAGGGGCACAGCUGGCAUCGUGGCUCGGGCCGUCUGGAUCCCAUGUGUCUCUGGGGUCAAUGCCCUGAGGAAGCCCAGCUGUCGCCUGAGUCCAGACUUAGAGGUGGCCGAACCAGCAUGUGCCGGAGGUGCCAAUGACUCCUCCUGCAAUGGCCGCCCAGGACGUUGGGCCUUCAACAACUUCCAGAAUCUGCUGUACUCUGAGCUGUCUUCCAAUGAAUUUGCCAGGGAGCCUCCAGGUCAGCGAUCUGAAGUGGUCAUAGCUGUGCUAAGCCCGAGAAGGCCUCAGUCCUGUGGAGACGCCGUAAGCUUCGUGAACGGGUACUUUGAAGUGCACGAUUUGUUCAAGGACUAUGAGUUAAAGUAUUGUUACGUGGACAGAAACAAACGAACAGCCUUCGUCACCUUGCUGAACGGGGAGCAGGCCCGCAGCGCGAUCCGGACGCUCCACCAGUCCUCCUUCCGCGGCGAGGACUUGGUCGUGCAGCUGCAGCCCACAGAUGCGUUGCUGUGCGUCACCAACCUGCCGCUGUCCUUCACGCUGGAGGACUUCGAGGAGCUCGUCCGCGCCUACGGCAACGUGGAGAGGUGCUUCCUGGUCUACAGCGAGGUGACCGGCCUGUCCAAGGGCUACGGCUUCGUGGAGUACAUGAAGAAGGACUCGGCGGCCAGGGCCCGGCUGGAGCUGCUGGGGAAGCGGCUGGGGCCCUGGGCGCUGUUCGCGCAGUGGAUGGACGUCAACCUCCUGGCCUCGGAGCGCGUCCACUCCAAGUGCCUGUGCGUGGACAGGCUCCCUGCCCACUUCAGCGACGCCCAGGAGCUCCUGCAGUGCCUCUCCAGGGUGCACACACCUGUGUUCUGCCAGCUGGCGCAGGAUGAAGGAUGCUCCCCGGGGGGCUUCGCCGUGGUGGAGUACAGCAGCCCGGAGCAAGCCGAGGAGGCGCGGCAGGCAGCCACGGGCCUGAGCAUCGGGGGCCGCGCCGUCCAGGUCUCCUUCUGUGCCCCAGGGGCGCCGGGCCGGAGCACUCUGGCGGCACUGAUUGCAGCGCAGCGUGUGAUGCAGAGUGGCCAGAAGGGGCUGCUCCCGGAGCCGAGCCCGGUGCAGAUCAUGAAGGGGCUGAGCAACCCCGCCACGCUGCAGGCACUGCUGCAGCCCCCGCUGUGUGCGCGGGCAGCGAAGCCAGCAGUUCUCGGAGCAUCCCCCAGCCUGCCGCAGCUCAUCAGCACCCCGGUGCCCCCCACAUUCUUACACCUGAGUAAAGCACACCAGAAGCCUGGCCUGCUCGGGGACCCCCCGGCCCUGGUCCUGCAGACUCCACUCGGCAUGGGGCCGGCGCUGCCGCUGAAGAAGGAGCUGGGACCCCCGGGAGAGGCGCCCGGAAGUAAAUCCCUGAACCUGGUUCCGACUCUGGCGACCCUGCCCGCCACCGUGGGGCUACUGCCCUUCUUCCCCGGCCAGCGCAGCGUGGGACCGGCAGGCCCAGGCUCCAGGCGGGAGCAGCAUUCAGCCGCCGUGGGUGUGGCAGAAGGGAGCUUCCCGGGCCCUCAGCUGUAUCCGCAGAGCUUCGCCAGCCUCGCUGCUGGGGGCCUGCUGUCCGAACCCCCCAGGCAGCCACAGAACCAGCCAGCAGGACCGGGUUCAGGGGCCGCCUCCAAGGGCCGGAAUUCACUCCUGGGAGAUCCCCCGAGGGAGAUCAGGCUCAGUAAGAACCCGUACCUGAACCUGGCCAGCGUGCUGCCCGGGGGCUGCCUGGCAUCUGGUGUGAGUCAAAGCACCCUGCGGAAGGCUGGACUCGCGAGCACCCUCCUGGACGCCCUCGCUCAGGGGACCGCGCGCCAGGCGCUGGAGAAGUGCGUGGCGCUCUCUGCGCCCUCUGGGGCCUGCACCCAGGUGCCCCCCCUCAGGACUGAGAAGCGUGGCGCAGCCUACCUCCUUGCUGCCCCUGCGGGCGGCGUAGGGGGCGGCGUGGACCAGCACGCCCAGGGCAUGGGCAAGCACUACGUGGAGACGUACUUGAAGAAGAAGCGUGUAUACUGAGCAGAAUCCUCCUCGCCACCUGC